GAGAGGACUCAACGACAGAAAAAGAGACGUGGAGAAGUUGGACGGAGACUCAAAACAUCGAGAUAUAUUAACAAACUAUCUUCUCGGACAAGGUAUUGAGCCAAAGUCUCUUCGUUGGUAAUGGGUUCUUUUAUUUUUAAGCCUUUAAAGGGCAUAAAUUAGACUUGGGUUUGGAUUACCGUCGUCACCGGAGACCUAAAUCCACCCGUUAUAAGCAUUUUGCGCGUGCGGCAUUCCUGCGCCUGCCGCCUGGACGGAGUUUCUAUUUAUUCUCCGUUGGAUUUGCAGUGGGAGAGAUGAGUGACAGGAGACGAUCCGCUGCUGCUCUGAGUUCACGAGCGCACGCCUUUUCGGUGGAAGCCCUGAUCGGGACAAACAAGAAGCGGAAGCUCCGGGGCUGGGAAGAAAAGGAACUGGAGCUGUCUAUGGAGAGCCUCGCGAGCAACGGACAGUUGGAAGACGGCGAGGAUCCUGCUAAUUGUCUGGAUAUCGAUCCGGAUUCAGAGGCCAGCCCGGGCUCCGACGGCGAGGGUCUGGCGGAGAGGACGUCGUGCUCCUUCGGCUCCCCGGCGGACCUGACCCCCACCGCCAGCGAUCCCUCACCCUCAGCCUCCAUGGAGGAGAUCCAGGUGGAGCUGCAGUGCGCUGACCUGUGGAAACGCUUCCACGACAUUGGCACAGAAAUGAUCAUCACAAAGGCAGGAAGGAGAAUGUUCCCUGCUAUGAGAGUUAAAAUCGUGGGACUGGAUCCACAUCAGCAGUAUUACAUUGCCAUGGACAUUGUACCAGUGGACAACAAGAGAUACAGGUAUGUGUAUCACAGCUCAAAGUGGAUGGUGGCGGGAAACGCGGAUUCGCCAGUGCCGCCCAGGGUCUACAUCCACCCGGAUUCACUGGCUUCAGGAGACACCUGGAUGAGACAAGUGAUCAGCUUUGACAAACUCAAACUCACCAACAAUGAGCUGGAUGAUCAAGGCCAUAUCAUCCUGCACUCGAUGCACAAAUAUCAGCCCCGUGUCCACGUGAUCCGGAAAGACUUCAGCAGCGAACUCUCUCCAACCAAACCUGUUCCUACUGGGGAAGGAGUAAAGACGUUCAGCUUCCCGGAGACCGUCUUCACCACGGUCACAGCCUACCAGAACCAACAGAUUACCCGUCUAAAGAUUGACCGCAACCCAUUUGCCAAAGGAUUCCGGGACUCAGGGAGAAACAGGACUGGGUUGGAGGCAAUAAUGGAGACGUAUGCUUUCUGGAGACCUCCAGUGAGGACUCUGACGUUUGAAGACUUCACGAACAUGCAGAAACAGCAAGGAGGGAGCACUGGCACCUCUCCCACUACCUCCAGCACUGGCACUCCAUCUCCCUCCGGUGCAACACACCUCCUCUCCCCUUCCUGCUCCCCUCCUACUUUCCAUCUGGCGCCCAACACCUUCAAUGUGGGCUGCAGGGAGAGCCAGCUGUGUAACCUGGGCUUGUCUGAGUACCCAGCAUGUGCCAGGAGCAACAUGGCCGCCCUGCAGGGCUACGGAGGACUGGCCGACGGCUCCUACGGCCGCCUCCAGACCACAGGAGGCGCUGUAACCUCUGCCCAGGCUUCCGAUUCCUUCCUGCCUCAGAGGACUUCCUCUCUCAUCGCUGCUGGAAUGCAGGGAGGGGCUCACACCUCAUUGGCUGCUGGUAACGGCAGUGGCGGAGGCAAGAUGGAUGCAUAUGGAAGUCAGCUGGCCUCUUUUCCCGCGUCCCAACUGCAGUACGUCAUGCAGGCAGGGGCGAGCUCCACCUCUGGGUCAUCGGCUUCAUCUGGCUCCUCCCCUUCCUCCGCCCACAUGUUCUCUGGGAGCCAUCAUCAUGUGCAGCAGAGCACAUAUAACGCCUUUUCCCUUCACAAUCCCUACAACCUGUACGGAUACAACUUCCCGGCCUCACCGCGCCUGGCGGCCAGCCCGGAGAAACCUCAGAGUGGCUUAUUGUGCUCCUCCUCCUCCGCUGGAGCGUUUGCCGAACGUCAGUACCUGUCCAACAGCGGCAUGGACAGUAUGCACAUGAUCGGCAACCCUGCCGGCAGCCAACAGGGGGCUGGCAGCUGUGAUGGCCGCCAGUAUGGCUCCUCUUCACAGAUGUCUAUGCACAUGGUUUGAAGCCAUUGAAAAUAAACCAAAAACAGAUCCAAACACCAAACACGAACAGCUGCUGCAGUCUUUUGCUCAGCGUUACUGGGUUUUCAGAGUUUUAUCAUUCAAAAUGUCUGACACAUUGGCGUGAGCAGUUUGCCAUUGUGAUGUUGGUGACACCAGCUGUUCAGUGUGGACGUAUUACACACAUGCCUUAUCAAUCGUCAGACUAAAAUGGAGUUGAAGUGUUACUUGCCAUCAAAACAAAUGGAUAUACAAGCUAAAAAUGACCCUUGCAACUUGACUGUUGUUGUUGCUGACCUGUCGAUCUCAACAAUGUGCAAAACUGAAGUAAAUCAACUGAGGUCUGAUUUUUAGAAAAUGGAUUCUGAUGAGGAUUCAUAUUUGGUGCAAUAAUGACAGCAAUAAUGGCCCCUUAAAUAUCCCACAAGAACAAGAGACAUCAGCCAGAACAUGAACAAAAUGCCCUCAAAACUGUGAGCGAAUAAGUGUUGUCAGUAUUACGUUUUCGUUGUUGAUAGUAUAUGAUACUUGUUAUGGGUUGUGAUGCGAUGUUGUAAGCUCACUGACUCUUUCAGAGAUGAGGGGUCUCAGGAUGGCAAAGUCAAAUCCUCCUGUAAUAACAGGGUCUCUGUAUGGUUCUGACAAUCUGUACUGAAAUGUUAAACCUUUGCCUAUUGGUUUGGAAAAGGCUUAACCAUAUCCUGAGUGGAACAUAACAUUUGAGCAAUAGUGAAUGCACGCAAAGCACAUAGGUUUUAAAUUGUUGUGUGGAUAAAUAAUAAUAAUAAUAAUAAUAAUAAUAAUAAUAAAUACAAUAAGAAGACAAGGUAUAUGCUUUGGAGUGUUUGUAAAUGAAUAUAUUUAAAUGCUAAGCAAUUAUAUGGCCAGUGUAUGUUGAAUUUAAAUAGUGUGGGAGUAAUGAGCAAUAAUGUUUUAGGCCUUUAAGACUGUAAAUACAAGUGCCGAGCACAUAAAGCUCAUUAAAUAAACAUUAUAAGUCCUCUGUAUGUUUCUUGAAAAAAAAAUCAAGCAUGUUUAGUUUCUUUUGGUUGUGGCUUUGAAAUGACAUCAUGCAGUAUACAGUAUGAUGGAUCUCAAAUCAGAAAUUAUCAUAGAUUUGACCUUCACAAACAUUUAUGUAUGUAUUUGAAUAGUUCAAUGAUUUUUUAAAAGUUGAACUAUACACACAAUUUCAUACAGAAAGCAUGAGGAUUUCCAAAAACUUAAGAAAGUCGUUUUUACUAAUCAAAUGCAAUCUAUCUCAUGCCCUAUUAUUUUCCCCUCUGUUAUAAUCAUGGGCUUGAGAUAAAGAGAAAGCAAAAAUGAUUAUUUGAAAGUCAAUAUGUGUAAAAAUAAAUGUGUAAAAACAAACGAUUGAUCCUGCUGUUCUCUUUGAAAUAAAGAAGAAAGAGACGACCAUGUGGAUCAAAUUCAUCUUUUUCACUGUGGUGAUGCAUAUAAAUA